AUGUAGGCUUUACCGGAGAGCUUUCAUAAUGACAGCGCGUUGAUAAAAAGAACUUCAGAGGAACCUAAAACAAAAUACAUUGGAAGUUUGCGCAAAGAAGUGAUGUAAAGGUAUAAUCAACGCAGUGCAGUGAAGUGUGAAAAAAAGGGUGAGGUUUGGAGCUUUUAUUCUGCAUUUACCCACGCUUGUGGCUAGUGUGGUAGUUGCUAAAUGUGCGUGGUAAAAGUGACUAAAUGGAAUUGCGGUACAAAAAAAAACAAAAACAAAAAGUAGGAAGUGUAAAUUAAUAAUUGCAUUAAAAUGAAGUAACGGGAAGUGCAUGUAACAGAGUUUUUUAAUUAAUAAAAAACAAUUCUUAAUUAUAUUUAUUUGCAUUAUUAUCCAGUAGCAGCUGCAAGGAUUUCCGUUGAGUGAUGUAGAAAUCAGUUUUGACUAUGUGCAAGUGUAGUGAAGAAAAUUAUGGAUGAAAUCAACUGUAAAAAGUCUAUAUGCAUAUGUAAUACAAGUAUAGUCAAGCAAACAUAUGAAGAAUUGAGAAAAUAAUAAGCGAAAUAUGUGUUUGAAUUAUGUGAAAUGUAUCGACUUAUGCACCUAUAAUAUGUAUGUAUGUAUAAAUAUCCGAGUGCUUAGUUUCUUGCAAAAUUUUGAAUUGAAAGUGCGAGCCGUUAUUAUGCGCGCCACAUCGAGCAAAGAGAAAUAAACGAAAAUAAUUAUGAGCAUUGGCGCAUUCACAAAAACCAAAUCAACUAUAGCCUGCAGAACUGAAGUAAUAAUUAUGAACGUAACGUUGUGAAGUCGUCUUCUGUUUUUAUACAAAAUAAAAAAUGUUUGCAAACAAGGUGCUGACUUUUCUCGAGCUAUAAAGGAAAUGGAUAAAAACUAAACGAAUUACUAAACAAAUUUUUUAAGAACUGUGUUUAGGAAGUGUUGUACCCACACGCACUAAUGCAGACGAUAUGGGCACAACAUGGCCUCAGCACAUAUAUUACAAUACUACAACAACACAAGAACAAAAACUGCGGCAGCAUCAACAACAACACAAACAUUUUCAACAACACCAGCAGUUGCUCAACAUUGUUUCGUUCGACACACUUCCGGCACAUCGGAGGCAUGCCUCUUCGCUAACGAGCGGAAACAAUUUACCGACAAGCCGUCAGCAACAACAACAACUACAGCAAAAGCUACAGAAACAACAACCACAUCGACAUCAACAAAAGCCUCAACAGAAAUAUCGACAUUAUUGUCCGCAGUUGCAGCUGCCGAGUACGCUUGGGUUCAAAGUAAAUCGACCACAAAACGGCAAUUCACAGAAACAACGAAAGGUGUGCAACAGUCGCGGUGCGAUCAGAAAUUGCAGGAACUCCAACUACAAGCACCACCACAAUUUCAAACAUUGCAAACGUGUGAAAGGGAAUACCGCUUUUUGUCCUCGCCAUCAGUAUGGAAACAAGCUUCUGCCACGAAGCGACCGAGCUCAAGUCAACCAAAGCCGACGCUUCCGCGAAUUCAGAAGACUUACAAAGAAGAAGAUGAUGUCCAAACAUUUCCCUUUGUGGAAAGUAGAAGAAGGGGCAGAAGUAAAAGUGAAUGCCCUAGGUAUUGCAGUGUGUUGGACGGGGAGCGGUAUAUGCGAAAACAACAACAACAAAGAAGUCAUUCGGAAAAUAGAGAAAGAGUGUGGUGUUUUAGUGAGAAAAAAAUUAAAUGUAUUGCAAAAAUGUCAAGCGCAGCAGCAUCUAGUGCCGAGUUGCAAGAACAGCAACAAAUGCAACAACAACAAGCAUUUAAUGCCACUGAUGGGACUGUGGUUAGUGCUUCUGCAGGUCCAAACAAGAUAUUUACAGGGAAUGGUGAACAACAUGGGCUACAAGCAAGAAAUUCCACGCACAUUACACAAACACAGAAACACAACAACAAAAACAACAAGGACAACACAACCAAAAGCUGCCAACCAGAGGAAACAAAACAAAAGGGAAAACAUGACGUGGCCGCUUGCUGUCAAGCAGCUAGUGGGCGUGGCUGUUGUUUCAAUCCGUCUGACGUUGCGUCAUGUUCACGUCAAUCUUCCAAAAAUGCUAACGAACAGCAACAACAACAACUACAACACUUUAAUAAAUCAAACGACUUUAAACUACAAUUUCCGCAACCAUUUACCGGCAGCCGUUGCACAUUCGCUCUCAAUAUAUCGUCUCCGCUGCCACAACAGCAAGCGCAGGCACCAACAGCAACAACAACAGCACUAUUGCUAUUACAGCCCGCAUCAACUGCAAAUGCAACAGCAACAAUCAAACAACGAAAUAUAUUUCAAUACAAGAACUGCAAUGGCAAUUGCAACUGCAACAGGUGCUUUGGCUGUGGACGUUGUAAUGGAAGUGCGGCUACUGUUACUAGCUUUGACAAUGGUUGUGUUGCACCCACGAAUAUUCCAACACGUUCAAAUCGUUUGGCUGCACUGUAUUGCUCUGUACGUUCGACACUUCUGGCUACCGCGACCGAUCUGCAAAUAUUCGCACGCGCUCUGUUCUCCCUCAUCAUCAUCUUUAAUAUGCUGCCAUUAUUUUAUGCAGGUGAGUGA